ACAGUACGAUUCCGAUUCUAUGCCAUUACUAACGACGCUACACAUUUGAUUGCUCGUUCGUUCGUUCGUACGCUCGCUCGCUUAUUGUCGACGCUUCAGCUUUUUAUCGUCGGUGUUAUUGAUGAUUGCCGCGUGCGCGUAAGCGGCAAUAUGAACAACAUAAAGCAAAGCAAUAACAAAAACAACAAAAGCAGCAACAAUCACAAAACGAUAAUAACAAUUAAAAUCAGUUGAGUCGGUCAAUUCGGCAACCAAACACAAUCCCGAAAAGUUAUGAAAAAUAUGAUAAACUAAAGGACAUUAAAAGCCGACGGCAAAUGCACUGCCGGAGAAAAUGAUAUAAACAAUUAUUAACGUUUCGAUAACUGCUGUACACCCGGGCGUAUGAAUAACCUACAUUUUAAUUACAUGUGUCAUGAAACGGAGCUAAAAAGUUCUGUGAAAUAAAAAGUGAAAUACAAAUAUAAACAUUUGAAUGUAAAUAUAUAAUCAAAACAAAGUAUAAGUACAUAUAUGAAACUAAAUAUAUAUUCAAAGCAAAAUAACCGCUAACGGAAUACAAUGUGAAUUCGAGUCAAUCAAGUUGAGAAUAUUAUUUUACAUUUCUAUUUUUACCGAUAUUCCCAUCAGUGCACACAUGUUUGUUUAUGAAAACUAACAACUCACAAAACAAAGAAAGAGCCAUAAAUAUGUAUAUCCGAUCAGCAAUGAUAGUAUGUGUCUGUGUCUGUGCGUUGCUACCAAAUCGUCAGCAAAAACUUUCCUCAAUCAAAACACACGCUUGUAAUAAAAUACUUGUUUAUGUGUAUGCUUUUAAUACCGAAAUAAACACUUGCAUAUUAAAUUACAAGCGAUUACAAAUAAUGAAUAGUUUUGAAAUGUGAAACAGUUGUUUAAAAUACAAUAAAUGGGAAACUAAUUACAGCAUUCGAUAAAAAACACAGCAACAAACCAAGCAAAACCAAGCAAAAGUAAAUAAAAACUCAUUAUGAUGGAAUAAUAAAAAUUAAUGUUUGUUUAUGUGAAAAUAAAGUGGUGUAGAUAAGUGACACGCACCAAACAAGACGACUUAAUUGGCAGGGAAAUGCGCAAACCAGCAACAAUUAUAACAAAAAUAAUAAUUUAAUUUACGCAGCCACAAACGUCGCCGCUCGGCAUCAUGUUGUCAAUUUUAAUUAAGCAAAGUGUAUUAAUUCGCAGCUCGUUAUACUAAUUAAGGAUAAUAAGCUACAACAAAAAACAAAACGCACUAAAGCAAUCUAUUAUUUAAUAAAAGCAGCCCCAGGCGCCCACCGUGUAACAAAAAUAAAUUAACAAGCGACAACUGAAGUAAAAGUUCACAAAAAAAACAACAACGAAAGCAAACAACAUUACAAAUAUAUAUACUUUGAAAACCUCAGACAGUUACUACCAGAACUUCACAGAGCAGAGAAACAACGGCGCUCACUUCCACUCAUACACAAACAAAUCCAGCGCAUGAAAAUAAGGAUAAUAUGCACUCAAAGAGCACUUUACAUAGAGAGAGAUAGGGAGAGAGCCGCUGGCGUAGCACAUCUAGUAGUAGGAUACUCGACAUUUGUGUGAAUCGAACAUUUGUGUUGGUGCGCAGCACUUGCAUAACGGAUUCUGACCUUUAACAUUUCCACUGCAUGUGUGAGUACGCACAAGUAAUCGUUUCUUUUUAAAGAAGUUCCAAAUUUAGUGCCGCAAUUAUAACGGAGAAUGAACAGCAGCAGCAACGUUGAAUCACGUAAAGCACAACGCUCGUAAAUGCCAUCUGAAGCUCUUCUCUAGCUGUAAGCAGUACACUGAAAAUAUAAGACAGAACCUUGUUUCCCUUUGCACCAUACAUCUCGCCAACAGUAUUCGGUCAGAGAGCGCCCUUAAAUGAUGCCCGAAAUUGACCGUGACGCUGUUGCUGAAAUGGUAAGCGGAGCGCAUGCGCCUAUAUUCAGCACCGCCGCACUACUCGCCAAGGAGCAGCAAAAGUACAAGUCACACGCCCGCCUACAGGCAACGCUAGCCGAGCAGGAGCACUUAAAUAUGGCCGCCGCCAGUUCAUAUGUGUAUCAGAGUCCAUUGACCAUACCACCACAUGGUCUUCCGCAAUAUAAUAAUUUCAACAUGAAUAAUAAUCAAAUUGGCGCAUUAAAUCACAAUAUGGCAGCGCAGCAUUUAGCGGCGAACCACGCUUGCAUAAGCCCCAGCAACAAAGAAAAGCUUUCAAAUUUGCUAAAGGUGCUUGAACCCGAGCAACGCAUUACUGGAAAUUUUCUACAGAAGACGCUUGAAGCGGGACCACGCUCCUUACCUGGCAACUGUCCCACGAAUGGCGGUAGUAAUAUGGCUUAUUUGGAAACAGCAUGUUUGUCGGCACCUCCUCUCCAGACACCUCUGUCUCCACCACCACCACCGCCGCCACGCGCUAAAACACCACAUCCCCGACGUUUGGAACCAACUGCGGUACCGUCGUUAAAACCCUCCAAAACUCAUAAUGAUCUCGAAAUUAAAGCUAGCGAUAAUGUCACAGAAAGCUGGCACCCACAUGUUUAUGCGCGUCCACCUAUGCGGCCAACACCACAUGCAAUAGCUGAUAUCCUCGGUUGGCGGGCCCUUGCCUCGCCGAAUCAACAGCGCACUUUUGUCCCCAACAAUGCCAGCAACAACAACAUUGUUCCACAACGCGAUGCUAUGGACGAGUCAUCCAAUUCAAACGCAGCUGUAACGCUUCCACCAGUGCCGGCCAAGUCGCCUAAAAGUAUACUACGUAAUUUUCAGCAACAAUUUACCCAACAACCACAAUCACCGUUAAGAGAACCGGCACAUAUGCGUAGUACAUCGGUGAGCGAAGCCAGUGAAGAUGAUGCAAGUGGCAGUAUAAUGGAUCAGCCUUUGGACCUUUGCGUACCAAAGAAGCCGCGAGAAUUGAGUUCUCCGCCACCACAAGUGAAACACACACAGAUUCUUACCAAAGCCGGAAGCAGCAAGAAAGAUGCCAAUCACACAGUCAAACCGGGUAAGAAGAAAAAACUUGCGAAUGCCUCUGCCACUGGUGUUUCCGCCACGGGUGCAGCGUUGUUGGGCUCAGCGUCGUCGACAGUUACGCCCCCGGCGUCUUCUUCGUCGAUGCCUGUGCCGGAUGUGAGUCCUACUGGUAGCAGUGACAGUCUUAUGCGCGAUAAGCUAUUCCCGACCGUUAGCACACCGCCCGCCUCAUCUUCCGUGCCUGCGGUGGAGACCACGGAGGACGACUCAGAUUCGGGAUCGACCGAUGCGCGACGCAAGAAGAAGGCGCGCACCACCUUCACAGGUCGUCAGAUAUUCGAAUUGGAGAAACAGUUCGAAAUAAAGAAAUAUCUUAGUUCGAGUGAACGCACGGAAAUGGCUAAGUUGCUGAAUGUGACUGAAACGCAGGUAAAAAUCUGGUUUCAGAACCGUCGAACUAAGUGGAAAAAACAGGAUAACAUCACGAAUUCGGAAGUUGCCGAGCACAAAACGACAAAUACUUCUAAAAAUUCAAGUGAGAACGGCAAAACGCCGAACAGUGCCACCACGGGCUCGAGUAGCACCACCACUACGCUAUCGGCGGAAACGACAAGCAAAAAAUCACAAAACCACCACCACAGCAACAAUGGCCAAAACAAUAGCUCCGCAAAUGGUAACACCGAAAAGAGUCGUUCCGCUACCUCGACUGAAUUGAGCGCCAAAUUAUCUGUGAAGCAAACGACAAAAAUCAAGAAACAGCUGAGUGCAUUGCUGGAGAAAACCACAAAGAAUACAACGACGCCGUCUGUCAACAACAAUAGCUCAGUCCUGGUAAAUGGUGGCGGCGCAGACAAUGCUAAACCAACAACGGUGAGUGGCAGCGGCAAAGCGAGCAACAACAAUAAAAACGCGGAAAACGCACCUCAACAUCCGCAGCAUAAUCACCAACACCAUUCCCACCGCAUUCACCACUCGCACUCCCUUGCUCACCAUCGACAACACGCCAUACCGCUGACAGUUGAACCGGCAGCGCCAUUGGAGCAGACCGAGAAACUCGAAAUAAAAUUGGAGGAGUCACCGCAACACCGCGAACUACAAUUAAGCAUAUUGCGCGCCGCCAGCAAUCAUAGUCCUCUGCAAUUCAGCGACAUGGAUUUCGAGAGCAAAUUGGCAGCAUCAAAAAUAUCGAAUGCGCUGCUCGGCUCAAAAAUCCAUGCCGAUAGAACAGAGGAGGCAAGACGACGCAAGAGCAGUAGCGAGGAAAAGGACUUGCAACAAGCAACUGGAAAGGCGCGAGCAGAGAAAAUUCUAAAAAUGGAGACGGAGGAGGGGGGACAGAAGGAGAAUGAGCAAAAAGAAACAGAUUUGAAUAGGGAGAUGGAUGAAACGCGGGAAACAGCUGUAAAAUCGCCAACCACAGAUGAUGACGAAUUCGAAGAGCAUGUAGAGGAAGAUACCGAGAUGCACAAUGUCGAAAAUUAAAACAAAUCAGAGGAGAAUAUAUAAGAAUAUUUAAUGGAGAGAUCUUCCAGUGUGAACUGUGCCAAAAACUGAACAAAAUUUAAUUUCUAGGAAUUUAAUUUUAAAAUGCGCCUAAGUGCAGUCAUAAGAAGAAGCUCAAUUACUGCAAGAGUAUACUAUUUUAGUUAUAUACAUAUGUACAUAAGUAUACAUAUAUGUGUUUAUUAUUGCUAAUUAUGUAUUUAGCUGUUUAGACAAUUAAGGAGAAAAGAGUAUAAAACCAAAUCAAUUGAACAAACAAUCGAAUUAUUUAAUAGUUUUAACUAAUGCUUAUGCUUAUUGUAAUUAUAAAUUCGCUUUUCGUAUGCAAUUUCGCAAUUAAUGAGCUAGUAGAAUAAGAAGAGUACUAAAGAUGCGCAAUUUCGCUUUAGUGUUGCCAUAAAUUCAAGGAAUAAAUAGCAAAUUAAAAAACUAAUGAAGCUUAUGAAGAUUUCGAAUGUGAGAAGAAACAGAAAUUAUCGUAAUUUGGGUGUAAUGUGAUAAAUGAACAAGAGUAACAAAAAAUAAAUGUAUACGAAAGGAAUUUAAAUGCAUAAUGUAUGUAAAUAUGUCAAAAUGAAUGUAUGUACAUAAUUAUGCGAGUAAGUAAAAUACAUACAUAUAAACAAAAUUCACUUGCCCAAACACAUUCUUGCAAGUCCAUUUGCUGUUAAUUUCAAUACAAGCAAAUCGUUUAUCACAUGCAUACACAGUUUAUUGGUCGUGUUUACAAACAGUGAUUGUAAUCAAUUACAUAAUUCAAACUUCAACUAUUUAUUGAAUGUACAAAACAGGAGCAUUGUAUGCUUAACGAUACCUAUGCGAAAACACAAUACAAAAUAAAAAUAAAAAACUAUACAAAUGA